AGCUCCUGGGCUCAGAGGAGUGACGUCACGUUGCCGGGGUGACGGAUGGAUGAAGAUGGCGGCUCGGUUAGGGGGGUCUCUGCUCACUGUGGGGGCCCUGCUUGUCCUGACCUGCCAAUCACCGACCACCGCCAUCAACUGCCGACACCGAGCACCGGGACCCGAGGAGAUCAUCUACCAAGUCCAGCAGAAGAGCCGCCACCUGUGGAAGAGACACGCCGACCAGCAACUUAGAGUAAUGAUCCAUUAUGACACCAGUAUAGACCAUCUGGAGGUGAUGAAGAAGAGACUGGUGAAGAACAAGCUCUUCCCACAAGCCAUUUCCUAUCUACAGAAGACAUUCCAAGUGCGAAGACCCAGCAGCUCCAUCCUACUGAGCCGGCAAUGUGCAAACAAUCAAUACCUGAAGAAGAAGUCGGAUCCUCACAGAUACUGUCAUGGCGCCUGCGCUCAGCGCACACGGUGCGGCCCGGUCAUCGUCCCGGAGGAACAUCUUCAGCAAUGUAUGCUGUGUAAUAACACAGAGAAGUAUUGUGGCCCCUCUGGGCCCCCGGACAGUGGAGGGAUCGGGAACACGGACUUUGUCCUUUAUGUCAGUGCCAUCAUCACAGAACGGUGCAGCCAGGAAAAUAUUGUCGCUUACGCCGCGUAUUGCCAACUGGAAGCCGAAAUGGACAGACCGAUAGCGGGAUAUGCCAACCUCUGUCCAAACAUGAUCUCCACCCAGCCCCAGGAGUUCGCUGGCAUGUUAUCUACAGUCAAGCAUGAAAUUAUUCACGCCCUGGGAUUCUCCGCCGGCCUCUUUGCGUUAUAUCGUGAUGAUAAUGGCGAUCCUCUGACUCCGAGGUACAUCAAUGGGCUUCCGCUAUUCAAUGACAGUCUGGGGGUCUAUCAGUGGAGCGAUCGCGUUCUUCGCACCGUCACCAGGAACUGGGAUGUCAGCGGCUCCAAGAUGCUCCAACACAAGGUGUUCCUGCUGGUCACCCCCAGAGUCACUGACGAGGUCCGCAGACAUUUUAACUGUCCGAUCCUGGAAGGGAUGGAGCUGGAGAACCAGGGGGGGAUGGGCACGGAGCUGAACCAUUGGGAGAAGAGGCUGCUGGAGAAUGAAGCCAUGACCGGUUCCCACACCCAGAACCGGGUGUUUUCCAGGAUAACUCUGGCGCUGAUGGAGGAUACCGGCUGGUACCGUGCCAACUACAGCAUGGCGCAGAGACUGGACUGGGGCCGGGGGAAGGGCUGCGACUUCGUCAUGAAGAGCUGCAAGUUCUGGAUUGAUCAGCAGAGCCGGCGGAAUCGCAGUGUCAGCCCCUUCUGCCACACGCUCCGGAGUAACCCUUUAAAACUGGCCUGCAGGCAAGACCAGAGAGCUGUGGCCAUCUGUAACCUGCAGAGGUUCCCCCAGAGACUCCCUCAGGAGUAUCAGUACUUUGAUGCCAUCCCCGGAGUGCCUCCUCAGGAUCUCGCCCAUUACGGAGGUGCGGUGGAGAUCGCUGACUUUUGCCCGUUUACACAGGAGUUCAGUUGGCAUCUGAGCGGAGAGUUCCAGCGGAGCUCCGACUGCACAUUGGCGCAGAAUCAGCCAGCCACCUCCCGGAAUUACGGGGCGGAGCGGUACGGACCGGACUCGGCCUGCCUGGAGCAGCGCUCGGCGUUUGUCAUGGAGCAAUGUAUGAAGCGGAUGAGUUACCCGGAUUGGGGCAGCGGCUGUUAUCAGGUGAGCUGCUCCCCGGAAGGCCUCCAGGUGUGGGUGGAAGACUCUCCGUACCCGUGUGCCCGCGCCGGCCAGAUACUCACCAUCAGAGCCAACAGCAACGGCUGGUAUUAUGAGGGGGAUCUGGUAUGCCCCCCCUGCCUGGACUUCUGUGACGUGUGCCCACCCGAGAGAGAGCCACCGCCAGACAACAGGACCAGACUGGCCCCUCUAGAUCUUUGCUCUCGCUCCUCCAACCUGGUGGUCACCUUGUGGCUUCUGAUGCUGAACUUGCUCCCCCUGCUGGCCGGGUUCUUCCUCUGCGUCCACCAGUGAUGGAGAUAAAGCUGCUGAACUUUUCUUUGCUCUGGAUCAGAGUGUCUCACUGUGUCCUGGUGACACCAGCUGCACUUUAUUGGGCAUUGCUUUUCUGAUUCUGGACCCCCCCCCCCAUAGAUGUGAUGCGUCAGCACUGGAGACUCGCAGUUGUUUUACUUGAAUUUGUGGAGUUGAGUGAGAACCCGUCCGUCUUCACUAUUCUAUGAGCUGCUCGUGUGGAUGGAUGGAUCAGAAGAGGACGGUAGUGGUACCCCAUCCCCCCACCCUCUCCCAUGACCUCCUCAUUGCACAGCGUGAUGUUUCUUCAGAGUGACGCCAAGGGGGGGCCGUCACUGUGACCCCUCCCGGAAUAUACAAAAAGGGUUCUCUAUAUUAUUCAAUCUGUAUUAAUUAUGAGCAAUUGUUAAAUUGGACCUGCGCUGUACAGGGAGCCCCAAUGUCUAAUGUACGAAGGGCCCCAAUUCUUCUACAAAGGGCCCCAAUUCUUCUAUGAAGGACCCCAAUGCCUAAUGUACAAAGGGCCCCAAUUCUUCUAUGAAGGGCCCCAAUGCCUAAUGUACAAAGGGUCUCAAUUCUUCUACGAAGGGCCCCAAUUCUUCUACGAAGGGCCCCAAUUCUUCUACGAAGGGCCCCAAUGCCUAAUGUAUAAAGGGCUCCAAUUCUUCUACGAAGGGCCCCAAUGCCUAAUGUAUAAAGGGCUCCAAUUCUUCUACGAAGGGCUCCAAUUCUUCUACGAAGAGCCCCAAUGCCUAAUGUACAAAGGGCCUCAAUUCUUCUACGAAGGGCCCCAAUUCUUCUACGAAGAGCCCCAAUGCCUAAUGUACGAAGGACCUUAAUUCUUCUACGAAGGGCCCCAUUUCCUGUUCUACAAAAGGGGGCGGUCCCUGAAAUAUUGCGGCGGAUGACUUUAUUAAUUUUUUUUGUUCUCGGACUUCCUUUGUGGAUAUUUUAUGACUGCGGAGACAACGGAAGAAGUUUCUGUAGCUGAGAAUUGUGAUUUAUUUAUUCUCUGUAUGUGACCUGUUAGUGUUUUAUUUCUGUUCAGUAUUUGUACGGUGAAAGCGGUGCAGACGGUGGAAGAUCAGGGGGGGGAUUCCCCAGUGCUUGUCCU